AAGAAGAAGGUUCCUUUCCGGGAUAAACAAGGACAUGUUUUGAGUAACUAUCCUUGGGAAUGUCUUGCUGUCUCUGUCCUUUAACGCCGUUAUGUCUGUCCGCUGUUAACAGUUGAAUCAAACAGUCCCUGGUAGGCCCCGUUAGUCUGCGGUCCUCGACGUUAUGGCGGCUUCCGCUCAUGUCUCCAAAGUCCGGUCAUUGUACAAGAGGAUUCUGGUCCUGCACCGGUUCCUGCCCAUCGAUUUGAGAGCCCUCGGGGACCAGUAUGUGAAGGACGAGUUCAGGAGAAACAAAGGGGCGUCGUCCGAGGAGGUGAAGUGCUUCAUGACAGAGUGGGAGAAAUACAAGGACACCCUGCAGACUCAGGUACUGCAGUCAGCGGGGAGGCCCCUCAGCUCAGUGAAGUUUGGGGCCGACCUGUCGGAGGGGGCCCUCAGCAGCUUCCAGGACGACCAGAUAGGCCAGCUGUACGAACUCAUGCUGGAAUCCACCAAGUCCAGCAGACAGUUUGACAUCCAGGAGGACAGCAAGUGAAGCAGCGGGACACAGAACUUUACCAGAAUAUUACCUGUGAGUGCUUAACCCUUGUGUUGUCUUCCCGUCCACUGGAGGACAUCUCUCCAUCAUUAAAUGCCAGAAAUCAAUGUGUGGUAACCGUGGGGAUUCUCUGCACUACUGUAUCUCUGCCUUACAACUAAAUGAGAUUACCUGCGCCCAUCUGUGCACCCAUGGGCAUGCUGGUCUUACAGGAAGGUGUGUUCAGGUGCAUUCUGGGAGUAUUGUUAUCUCGCGGCAGCAGAAAGUGAUAUAACGCAGGUCAAUAACGCAGCAUUUCAUUGUUAUUUUACCGGUUAUUUAUUAAAAUGUGCCCAGCCACGGCCCAGAACACACCUGAUUAAUGAAGACAGGAAGCACGACCCUUUUGAACCCCGCGUCUGGCGCAUUCACCCUUUUGACCGCUGUCAAACUUGCUAAAAUGGAUCUGGACACGCCCUAAACAUAUCAAAUAAUAGCCUACCUCAUUUUUAGUUGGAAAAUAAAUUUUGUCCAGUUACAAUUAGUCAUGAUUGAGUAGAAAAUCAGAUACUAUCAAAGUUUAAUCAGGAUACUGUUUUUUUUUAUCUCAAAUGCUAUAAAAUGUAAUAAUAAAACAUGCUAAAUUCAGUGAAAGUAGAGAUCUGAUAAUGUUUUAUUUGCGAAGAGUUUUGUAUGGAACCAUGUUUUAUUUUUUGCUUGAAAGAAACCCACAUUUCUCAAAAUGAAACUUUCAAAACUGGUCGAGUUCGACCUGAAGACAACAGGGGGGUUAAGAUGAUGGGUCUCAGAGGCCGAGGAGAGGCUUUUAAGGAUAUGUGGUUGUAUUAAAGUGCUGCUGGGUAAAAG